AUGUCUUCUUUACUCAAGGGUGACAAAAGCGACACUGCGGUUCAUACUGUGGUCCAGGAUGUUUCUAAUCCUCCUUCACAGCAUGCAGAUGAUGCGAAACUCGCUGAACUUGGCUAUAAGAGUGAGUUCAAGCGUGAAUUUUCCCUUAUCGAGACCGUGGCAUUCGCCUUUUCUAUUAUGGGUGUUGUCGCUUCUGUAUCCUCUACUCUAUCAUUUGGACUCGUGAGCGGCGGGCACGUCGGCUUAGUCUUUGGAUGGUUGAUUCCUAGCAUAUUCGUAAUGACCAUAGCUCUAGCCAUGGCAGAGCUGACAUCUUCGAUGCCAACGAGCGCUGGUCUUUAUUAUUGGUCCGCCAAGUUGGCACCGCCCCAAUACUCAGCUUUAGCAAGCUGGAUUACAGGUUGGGCUAACAUCACCGGUCAAAUUACGCUCGUGUGCUCGAUUGAUUAUACUUGUGCUCAAAUGAUUACAACUGCUAUUGCUGUUAACUCUGACGGUGCCACAAAUCUAUCUUCUGGGGCAACUUUUGGUAUUCUUCUUUCGAUCUUGUUCUCCCAUGGCAUUGUCUGUUCCGCGGCCACCAGAAUUCUAGCCCGCCUCAACUUGUUUUAUGUCAUCAUAAACGUCGGAACAACUGUCUCCGCAAUCAUCGCCCUCCUGGUUGCUUCGGGAGACAACAAGGUCUCCACCAAGGAUGCUUUUACCCUUUUCGAGAACAAUACCGGCUGGUCAAACAACGGCUGGGCAUUUUUAUUAGCCUUCACCGCGCCGAUGUGGACGUUGACAGGAUAUGACUCUGCUGCCCAUAUAUCUGAGGAGGUUUCCGGAGCCGACGUUGCAGCACCUAUUGCCAUCAUAUCUGCUGUUGCUGGUACCGCCGGUCUUGGAUGGAUUAUUUUAAUUGCUACAUCAUUCGCUAUCCCAUCCAUCACUGAUCUACUUGCAACUGAGCUCCCUCUCCCUAUGGGCCAAGUUUUCCUGGAUGUGCUCGGAAAACGGGGAAUGUUAACCAUAUGGUCAUUCAUCAUCGUUGUUCAGUAUGUCACGGGUGCAGCACAAGGCGUAGAUGCGUCUCGCGUAGUAUUCGCCUUUGCCAGAGACAAUGCGCUACCUGGCUCUCGAUGGUGGAAGAAAAUACAUCCCAGAACCCAGACACCAGUCAAUGCAGCUUGGCUUGUCAUGUUCUUCGCUGGUAUUUGUGGAUUACUCGGGUUCUCAGAGACAGCUCUGACCUCACUUGCUGGUGCUUCCGUCAUCGGAUUAUAUACUUCUUACAUCGUCCCCAUUUUCUUGCGUGUUACCUCCGGACGGAAUAAUGUCAUCCCCGGCCCAUUUACAUUGGGUCGCUGGGCCACUCCAAUUGGCACCGUGGCAGUAUCAUGGGUCGUCUUUAUCGUGUUGUUGUUGUUGUUCCCCACCGGCCAGCACACCACUGCCAAGGACAUGAACUACGCGAUCGUUCUCAUCGCCGCUGUUUUCAUCUUUGCUACGGUCUCAUGGGUGACAUCCGCCCGUAAAUGGUUCCAUGGGCCUGUAAACAAUGUUGGCGAUGUCACAAAUAUGGAUGAAAAAAGUUCAGCGUGA